UUGGUACCGGGAAUUAAACUCGGGUCCUUGUGCUUGCGCAGCAGGUGGCGAAACCACUGAGCUAAAUCUCUGGCCCUAGGGUUCUUUUGAAUAGUCCUUGAUUUCUUCCUAUACACUAACUUUAGAACUCCCCACGCAUAGAACGCACCCCCCCACACACAUCCUCCAGCCUAGGUAACAGUUCUGUGACAACACCCUGGCCUAGUCACAACCCGGCUCCCCCUACGUCACAGGGUCCCAGCCGUUCCUAGUUGGCCCAGCGGCGGACUUCCCUCUAGCGGUAGGCGGAGGGGCGCACUCAGCGCGGGAUGGGCGAGUGGAAGGGCUUCAUCAGUGCGGUGCUGCGGGACCAGAGCAUCGAGGACGUGGCCGUCGUGGGCCACUCGAACAAUUGCUGCGUGUGGGCGUCGCGGCCGGGGGGCCUGCUGGCUGCCAUCUCCCCGCAGGAGGUGGGCGUGCUCACGGGGGCCGACCGGCACACCUUCCUGCAGACUGGCCUGUGCUUGGCGGGCUGCCCCUGCUGUGUCAUCCGUGACAACCUGCUGGCCGAGGGCGAUGGCGUGUUGGACGCGCACACCAAGGGGCUGGACAGGCGCGCCUUCUGCGUGGGCCACACGCCGCGCUUGCUCCUCGUGUUCAUGGGUCGGCAGGGCGUGCACGGGGGCAUGCUCAACAAGAAGAUGCACGAGCUGACCCGCAGGCUGUGCCUGCAGGGCUUGUAGCAUGACAGCCAGGCUACCCAUGGUAGCAGCCAGACCAGAAUAAACUGUGAACUG